UCUGCAAAACAAGAAAAGGACUUCCCUCUUUUUACUCCAGACUCCACUCCCCCACCUGUUUUCACAGUUCAUUAUUCCAAAGCAAAAAAAAUCCCUCUCUGGCUCUAAGACUAAGGAAAGAGAGAUGCCCAUCUUUUUUUACUUAUAAAAACCACUCCCCAAAACGUCACCCUUUUACAAUAAUACUAUUAUCUCUCCUUCUUGCCAUGGCCAAAAGCAGAGGAAAUCCCAGUACUAAGCACUCCAAAACCAGCAAGAGAAAAGAAGAGAAACCACAUUCAUGGGCAGUUGUAAGAAGCCUCUUUACUUUCAAACAUCUACAAGUUGCACGGCUAGACGGCCAGCAGGUAAUAUUGAAAGAAGAGAAAAUUCCUAAAGGCCACCAUGAAGGUGAACGAGUCGACAACAACAACAGUAAGUGCAAGAAAAUGAAGUGUUCUGGCUCCAUAUGCAGCAAAACCAAGGUUAUGCACAGACCCGAGCCAUCGCCAUCACCUCCAAAAGGACGUUCAAAUUGUAAAAAUAUUGAUGUCUCCAAUAGUAGAUCCAUCAAAGUAAAUAAUGGCUCUAGUAGUUUUUCCUAUUCUUCGGCUUCUGCUUCUUCGUCUUCACUACUCUCAAGUUCUCCAGCUGCAUCUUCUUCGAUAAGAGGCAUGCCAUUCAGGAAGCUUUCUGGUUGCUAUGAAUGUAGAAUGGUUGUUGAUCCAAUAGCUAGGGACCCUUCUUUGAGAUCAACUAUUUGUGCUGAAUGUGGACAGAUCUUUAUGAAAAUUGAGAAUUUGGAACUUCAUCAAGCUGUUAGACAUGCUGUAUCUGAAUUGGGUCCAGAGGACACAAGUAGAAACAUAGUGGAAAUCAUAUUUCAGUCAAGCUGGUUGAACAAAAAGACCCCAGUAUGCAAGAUUGACAGAAUCUUGAAAAUCCGCAAUACUCCUAGAACUAUUUCAAGAUUUGAGGAGUACAGAGAGGCUAUCAAGGUUAAGGCAACUAACCUUGUCAAAAAACACCCACGUUGUAUUGCAGAUGGAAAUGAGCUAUUAAGGUUCCAUUGCACAACAUUCAUGUGUUCACUUGGCCUAAAUGGAUCCACAAAUUUGUGCACUGGCCCUAAUUGUAACGUUUGUACUCUCAUCAAAAAUGGAUUCAAGCUGGCUACUAGUACUGAUCAUGGUACAAAGAAAGGUAUAUUGACGACCGCAACGAGCGGGAAGGCGCACGACAACGCGAGAGUUGUAUCAGACGAGGAGGAGGAUGGCAAGAGAGCAAUGUUAGUAUGCAGGGCGAUUGCAGGAAGGGUGAAGAAAAAAUUGGAUGGAAAUGACAAUAAUAAUUUGGAAGAGUAUGAUUCCAUUGGUGGAGCUACUGGACUUUAUUCCAAUUUGGAUGAGUUGUAUGUUUUUAAUCCUAAGGCUAUAUUGCCUUGCUUUGUUGUCAUUUACAAAGGUUUCUAGUGAGACGUUAUUUUCCUUCUUGUUGUAUGACAACAAUGUUUUUCAUUUGUUUUGGUCAAAUGAAUGAAAAUGUGUCAAUAACUUCCGCUCUA